ACGUCAGCUCCCAGGGAUGAAUGCGGAAGAAGAAGAAGAAAAAGAAGAAGAAGAGCUGGCGCGUGCGCAGUGUGCAGGUGUUCCUGAAGAAGACAACAUGGAGGUGUUUGUUUGCGCUCCGAGUUUCAGGUUUUCUAAGUUGGUUUUUGCGGACGGUUCCGCGGUCAGAGACGUUCUGCUCAGGUACACGCAGCUGCAGGGCGUUUCCUCGGAGGAUUUCUACGUCAGCAGAAACGGUCGACUGACGGAGCUGCAGGAUGCUCUGCAGCAGGGAGCCGUCUAUCGCCUGGAGCCGCGCCUCCGCGGAGGGAAAGGAGGGUUCGGCUCCAUGCUGCGAGCUCUGGGUGCUCAGAUCGAGAAGACGACGAACCGUGAAGCCUGCAGAGAUCUGAGCGGCCGCCGCCUCCGAGACGUCAACCACGAGAAAGAGAUGGCGGAGUGGCUGAAGAAGCAGGCGGAGCGCGAGGCGGAGAAGGAGCAGCGUCGUCUGGAGCGUCUGCAGAGGAAACUGGCCGAACCCAAACACCAGUUCACUGACGCCGAGUACCAGCAGCAGUGUCACGACCUGUCGGAGCGUCUGGAGGACUCUGUGCUCAAAGGUCUGCAGGUGUCCUCCAGCUCGCAGGUGAAGGCGGACGACGUCUCCGCAGCAAAGAGACCAAACUCAGACGACAGCGAGCAGCCGGAGAAGAAGAAGAAGAAGAAGAAGAAGACGACGGCGGCGGCCGCAGCGUGUUUCUGGACAGGCGUGGGCGAGCUGCUGAGCUCAGAGGACGAAGAAGAAGACGAGGAGGACGAGCGUCCGUCCGCGUCCUCCUCCGGCUGUGGAGCCGCCGCUGCUGCUGUUGCCGUGACGACUCAGCUGGAGGAAGAUGAUGAGUCUCCGUCUUCCUCCUCCAGCUGUGGCGCUGCUGUUGCCGUGACGACACAGACGGAGGAGGCAGAGCCCGACCAGAGCGGCAGCUGCUCCACGUCCUCCUCUCAGACCAUCAGACCCUCAGAGGACCAGAAACCUCCAGAGACCAGCAGACCCUCAGAGGACCAGAAACCUCCAGAGACCAGCAGGCGGUCUGAGGAGUCCAGCUGCUCCCAGCAGCAGCCUCGGCGUGUCUCUGCGGUGGAUCUGUCCUCGCUGUCCUCGCCGCAGCAGCUGGAGUCUCUGGGUCUGGACGUCCUGAAGGAGGAACUGAUGUCACGAGGGUUGAAGUGCGGGGGAACGCUGGCGGAGCGCGCCGCCCGACUCUUCUCCGUCAGAGGACUGACGGCGGAGCAGAUCGACCCGGCGCUGCUCGCCAAACCCGGCAAGAGCAAGAGGAAGUGAAGAGGUCGAAGGUCAAGGAGGACGUUUCAUUUUGUUCCUCCAUGAGAAGAUUUCCAAACAUGUUGUUGUUUUUUUGUCCUGCAGUUUAAAUCUGUGCAGUCGUGUUUUAUGUUUUUGUGUUUUCAAGCAGCAGCUUUGAGUAAGUGGACUGUAACCGAACUCUGUACGACAUGUAGUCAGGUGUUUGUGGAUCUGUCCAAUCAGAAGCAGCCAUCUUGUUUUAAACAGUUGUAACGUCAGCUGACAAAGUUUAAACUUUUUAUUAAAACUCUGAAACAACA